AUGGAGAGGCAGCCCGGGAACGGCAAUGCCAAUGCCGGGCCACCGCCGGAGGAGCACAAGGGCGCGGACGGCAAGAGCGGGAGCCGGCGGAGCACGCGGUUCAAGGAGGAGAACGAGUACGUGGAGGUCACGCUCGACGUCGGGGCCGACGACGCGGUGGCCGUCCAGGGCGUCAGGGCCGCCGGCGAGACGCCCGACGCGGCGCUGCUGCCCCGGAGCGGCGGCCUGUCCUCGAGGCUCAAGGCCGAGCUGAGGCGCAUCGCGUCGGCGAAGCGGGGCGGCGACAACGCGCCGGCGAGCCAGCGCCGGCUGGACCGGAGCAUGACCGGCGCCGCGCGCGCGCUCAGGGGCCUCCACUUCCUCAACCAGAGCGUCGUCACGCGGGGCAGCUGGCCCGAGGCGGAGAAGCGGUUCGACCGCCUCGCCGUCGACGGCCUGCUCCUCCGCUCACGCUUCGGCCAGUGCAUUGGAAUGGUUGGGUCGGAGGAGUUCGCGGCGCAGAUGUUCGACGCGCUUGCACGGCGAAGGGGGAUCGUUGCUCAGGUGCUGACCAAGGAUGAGCUCCGUGAGUUCUGGGAGCAGCUAUCAGAUCCAGGCUUUGAUGCCAAGCUCCAGACUUUCUUCGACAUGGUUGACAAGAAUGCAGAUGGUCGGAUCACUGAAGAGGAGCUCAAAGAGGUCCUCACUCUGACGGCCUCCGCGAACAAGCUCACCAAGAUCCUGGAGCGCGUCGACGAGUACACGGCAUUGAUCAUGGAGGAGCUUGACCCGGACCAGCUCGGCUACAUCGAGCUUGCGACACUGGAGUCCCUGCUGCUGCUGCCCCCUUCGCAGGCGCCGACGAGCCUGGUGGCGCACAGCUCCAACAUCAGCCAGCUGAUCAGCCAGAGGCUGGUGCCGGCGCCGGACGCGAACCCGCUCCGGCGGGGCUUGACGGCGGCGCGCUACUUCCUGGAGGACAACUGGAAGCGCGUGUGGGUGAUGGCGCUGUGGCUGUCCAUCAACGCCGGCCUCUUCGCCUGGAAGUUCUACGCGUACCGCCGCCACCCGACGUUCGACGUGAUGGGCUACUGCGUGUGCGUGGCCAAGGGCGGCGCCGAGACCACCAAGUUCAACAUGGCCCUCAUCCUCCUCCCCGUGUGCCGCAACACCAUCACCUGGCUCCGCUCCCGGACCAGGCUGGGCGCCGCCGUGCCCUUCAACGACAACAUCAACUUCCACAAGGUGGUGGCCGGGGGCGUGGCCGUCGGCGUGGCGCUGCACGGGGUGACCCACCUCACGUGCGACUUCCCGCGCCUGCUCCGCGCCAGCGACGAGGCGUACGAGCCGAUGAAGCGCUACUUCGGGCAGGCGAGGGUCCCGGACUACUGGUGGUUCGUGCGGGGCGUGGAGGGCGUCACCGGCGUCAUCAUGGUGGUGCUCAUGGCCGUCGCAUACACGCUGGCGCACCCGCGGUUCCGCCGGAGCAAGCUCGGCGAGGGGAACCCGCUCAAGAGGCUCAGCGGGUUCAACAUGUUCUGGUAUUCCCACCACCUCUUCGUCGUCGUCUACGUCGCCCUGGUCGUCCACGGCGUCUGCCUCUACAUCAACCGGACAUGGUACAAGCAGACGACAUGGAUGUACCUUGCCGUCCCCGUGUUGCUGUACGCCGGCGAGCGGCUUCUUCGGGCGCUGAGGUCGCACGGACUCACCACCGUGAGGAUCGAGAAGGUGGCGGUGUAUCCUGGGAAUGUGAUAGCCAUCCACAUGAGUAAGCCCCACGGCUUCAGGUACAGGAGCGGCCAGUACAUCUACGUCAACUGCGGCGAGGUCUCGCCGUUCGAGUGGCACCCCUUCACCAUCACCUCGGCUCCCGGCGACGACUACCUCAGCAUGCACAUCCGGUGCCGGGGCGACUGGACGAGCAGAUUCAGGGCCAUUUUCUCCCAGAUAUGCAGGCCACCGUCGGCAGGGCAGAGCGGCCUCCUGAGAGCCGACUUCACGUCCAUGGUGGAGCACAACGCCAACGCCAAGUUCCCGCGGCUGCUGAUCGACGGGCCCUACGGCGCGCCGGCGCAGGACUACCGCAAGUACGACGUGCUCCUCCUCAUAGGCCUCGGCAUCGGCGCCACGCCGCUCAUCAGCAUCGUCAAGGACGUGCUCAACAACGUCCACCGGCAGGGGCAGGGGCAGGGGCAGGAGGGCGAGGAGGGGUUCAUGACGAAGCGGGUCUACUUCUACUGGUGCACGCGGGAGGAAGGCUCCUUCGAGUGGUUCCGCGGCGUGAUGAACGAGGUGGCGGAGCGCGACGCCGCCGGCGAGGAGUCCGUGGUGGAGCUGCACAACCACUGCACCAGCGUGUACGAGGAAGGCGACGCGCGGUCGGCCAUGGUGGUGAUGCUGCAGGCGCUCCACCACGCCAAGAGCGGCGUGGACGUGGUGUCCGGGACCCGCGUCCGCACCCACUUCGCCAGGCCCUGCUGGCGAGACGUCUUCAAGCGCGUCGCCUGCGACCACCAGGGGCAGCGCGUCGGGGUCUUCUACUGCGGCGACCAGAAGCUCACGCCGGAGCUCAGGCGGCUGUCGCACGACUUCUCGCACCGGACCACCACCAAGUUCGUCUUCCACAAGGAGAACUUCUGA